UCAAGUGGGGAAAAAAAAGGAAAAAACUGAAAUCUCUCGAACUUUCCUUCGUUCAUAUCGCGUGCAAGAUAUUUUCAUCUCUUCCUUUGCCGUCAAUUCGUCCCUCGUUAUAGACCAUCCGCAAAUCGUUGAAGAAGCCGACGCAACGGAGCUUCCUCUCUUCGUCUUCUUGUUCUUCUCUGUUUUUGAAGCCCUCGGUGGUAUUAUGGUGUUCUGAUCCUUUGUUUGGUGGUUGUUUUUCGAGACUCUUCGGCUUCUCUUCUUUUUGAUUUCGGUUUUCGAUGGAUCGGGGAGGAGGAUCCGACGGCGGAUCUUCCUACUACGCUAUCCUAGGGAUUCGUAAGGAUGCCUCCCUAUCUGAAAUCCGUACUGCCUAUCGCAUGCUUGCUCUGAAAUGGCAUCCGGAUCGGUGUACGAGGAAUCCUUCUGUCGCUGGAGAAGCCAAGCGGCAGUUUCAAUUAGUUCAAGAAGCGUAUUCAGUUCUCUCCGAUCAGGCGAAAAGGUCCGUUUACGACGCCGGUCUUUACGAUCCGACGGAAGAAGACGAUGAGGAAUUUUGCGAUUUCAUGCAAGAGAUGAUAUCAAUGAUGAACAGCGUCAAACCGGAGGGUGACAGCUUCGAGGACCUACAGAAGAUGUUUAUGGAAAUGAUUGGUUCAGAUGGCAUCGGAGGGUUCUCCGUGAACGACAAUCCAACGGCCACGAAGAGGCCACGUGCAAACGGCUCCAGAUCUAGCGAGGCCAAAAGAAGCACCAUGCGGCGCUAAACCAAACGCCCCGUCACCGUAAGAUCUUUUCCAUUCUCUCUGUAAUUUUGAAAAAUGACGAAAAUCUCCCUAGUUGACGUGGAAAUAUGUGAUUGGAGGUGGUGGCCAUUGCCUAUUUAUCCCAGUUUAGGUUCCGAAGGGUGACCUGAUAGUUCUUUUUUUCCAAGUAAUUUAGUGCAAGUUGGAGGGGCUUUUAGGUCUUUUCCUUGUUGGAGAAUAUUUAUCUUACUUUUUCUCUUUAUAGUAUUAGAAUUAUAUGAUUACCUU